AUGAGCGAGCGCGGAUGCCGUUUUGAUAUAGCGCAAAAGCUGGUCUGGAUGACGUUUGAUACCAUGGCAGUAUUGAGCUUUGGGGAGUCAUUUGGGUGUCUCGAACACAACCGUCAGCACGAGUAUCUGAAAGCAAUCGAGCUAGGAGCUCCGUUUUUGUCUAUAUUGCAAAUCAUACUACGGUAUAACGUCACGCGCGGUUUAUAUGACCUGUCGCUGCGUCUUCCAUGGAUGAAGUUCUGGAAUAGUCUGCGAGCAACAGCGGAAAGGAAGGCAGCUAAAUGGAUAGAGAACGCUGACGAAAGUAGAAACGACGUAAUGAGCCUCAUUUGGCGGGCAAUGCAAGACCAGAAUACUCCCAUCUCACCAAGACAAGCCAACGACAUUGCAUCGAUCCUCUGCUUGGCUGGUGCAGAAUCGACUCCUGUUCUUAUGACAGGUAUGGUGUGGUGGGUUCUGAGCACUCCAGACGCACAUAUGAAACUCAAGGAGGAGAUCAGAGCCGCCUUUCGAGAUUCAUCCGACAUUACGGUUGCGAAUGUUUCCAAGUUGCCGUAUCUUGAUGCGUGUAUCAUGGAGAGUUUGCGACAACAUACACCAUUUUCAGUAGCAAUUCCUCGCAUUGUACCUCAAGGAGGUGCCAUGGUCGAUGGGUAUUUCUUGCCGUCAGGGACUGUGUGCGGCGUUCCACACUGGGCGAGCGCACAUUUAAGUUCUAAUUUCACGGACCCCGAAAGCUUCGUCCCUGAACGUUGGUUGCCGAGCCCAAACCCGCGUUACGCAAACGAUAAAAGAGAGUCAUUUAAACCAUUUGCCAAAGGCAGCCUAGACUGCAUCGGAAAACGUCUGGUUUAUCAUGAAGUGCGUAUGGUGAUGGCGACACUUUUCUGGCACUUUGAUAUGGAGCUGUGCCCAGAAUCUCACAAUUGGGUGGCAGGCACCAAUGCCACAGUGCGAAUGAUGAGGGAGAAAAGAGCCUUGUUUAUUAAAGCUAUCCGCGCGAAUUAA